UUGUUUUGUUUUGCUUUUUCAGAAAUGUUCUUUGGGGGCCAGAGUCUGGGUAUCUAUGAGUGCAGAUCCUCACCCAUUCUCAAAUAAGCCCAGGAAUCUCGACUGAGAGGAUUACUUCUCUUUAGGCUGUUACCCUCAGGUACAGAAUGAGCACAUGUUGUUGGUGUACGCCUGGUGGUGUUUCCACCAUUGACUUCCUACAGCGCUAUGCAUCCAGGAUCCACUCCAGUGAAUUUCAGACAGCCAACGAAGACCUCUGCUACUGCUUAGAGUGUGUGGCUGAAUAUCACAAAGCAAGGGACGAAUUGCCACACUUACAUGAGAUUUUAUGGGAAUUAGAAACCUUACGUCUCAUAAACCACUUUGAAAAAUCCAUGACGGCAGAAAUGGGAGACGACGACGUGUACAUAGUAGACAACAAUGGGGAGGCACAGCUGUUCGACUUCACUGGCCAAGACUUCGAAAAUAAGCUGCGAGUUCCUCUUCUCGAAAUACUGAAGUAUCCUUAUCUGCUUUUACAUGAGCGUGUUAAUGAAUUAUGUGUUGAAGCACUUUGCCGAAUGGAACAAGCUAAUUGCUCCUUUCAGGUUUUUGACAAACAUCCAGGGAUCUAUUUGUUUUUGGUCCAUCCCAAUGAAAUGGUUCGGCGUUGGGCUAUCCUGACUGCAAGAAACUUGGGGAAAGUGGACAGAGAUGAUUAUUAUGACUUACAGGAGGUUUUGACUUGCCUUUUUAAAGUCAUUGAGUUGGGGCUUUUAGAAAGUCCAGAUAUUUAUACUUCUUCUGUCCUUGAGAAGGGUAAACUGAUUCUUCUGCCCUCACACAUGUAUGAUACUACCAACUACAAAAACUAUUGGUUAGGUAUUUGCAUGUUGCUGACCAUUCUCGAGGAGCAAGCCAUGGAUUCACUGUUGUUGGGGUCAGACAAACAAAAUGAUUUUAUGCAGUCAAUACUUCACACCAUGGAAAGGCAAUCAGAUGAUGAUAGUGUGGAUCCUUUCUGGCCAGCUUUACACUGUUUCAUGGUGAUUCUGGAUCGCCUUGGAUCUAAGGUCUGGGGUCAACUUAUUGAUCCUAUAGAGGCAUUUCAAACCAUUAUCAACAAUACAAGCUACAAUAAAGAGAUCCAAAAUAUACGGAACAGCUCUGUGAGGGCCAAGUUAGAACCAGAGUCGUAUUUUGAUGAUAUGGUGACUUGCAGCCAGAUUGUGUACAAUUAUAAUCCUGAAAAGGCCAAAAAGGAUUCAGGAUGGAGAUCAGCCAUUUGCACAGAUUAUUGUCCUAACAUGUAUGAAGAAAUGGAAACAUUAGCCAGUGUGCUUCAGUCAGAUAUUGGUCAAGACAUGCGUGUUCAUAACAGCACAUUUCUGUGGUUCAUCCCUUUUGUUCAGUCCCUCAUGGAUCUGAAGGAUUUGGGUGUGGCUUACAUAGUGGAGGUUAUUCAUCAUCUGCAUUCUGAAGUCAAAGAUGUCCUCAACCAACCAGAUGCCAUGUGUGACAAAGUCACUGAGUUUUUUCUUCUGAUUUUGAUAUCAGUGAUUGAACUUCAUAGGAAUAAAAAAUGUUUGCAUUUGCUGUGGGUUAGUUCCCAGCAGUGGGUGGAAGCCGUUGUAAAGUGUGCCAAGCUUCCCACCAGUGCGUUUGCACGGAGUUCUGAGAAGUCAUCGGGAAAUUGCUCCAAAGGAAUGGGAAUGAUAUCGUCUCUGUCAUUGCAUUCAAUGCCAUCUAACUCUGUGCAGCUGGCUUGUGUGCAGCUGAUUAGAAGUCUCCUUAAAGAGGGUUAUCAGCUUGGGCAGCAAACUCUGUGUAAGCGAUUCUGGGAUAAGCUCAACUUAUUCCUGCGAGGAAAUUUAUCUUUAGGUUGGCAGUUGACCAGUCAGGAAACCCAUGAGUUACAGGCUUGUUUAAAGCAAAUUAUCAGAAACAUAAAAUUCAAAGUACCUCAGAGUAGCGCUUUCAUGGAUCUGAGUCCUCUGUGUAAAACCCCUCUUGUAUCUUGUAAAGAAGAAAGUGAACUGUUAGGGAAGAAAUCUAAAAAGGACAUGAACAGCCCAACAUUUUCUAAACAACCAAUGAAAGCUGAGACACAUCAACUGCAAGCAAGUAUUUUGAGCAAAGCAAAUAAUGAGCAAAACCACAUAAAAGAUCUGAAACUAGACCACCUCUCAGCUGAGCCUUGUUUAAAGCAGAGAAGUAAAAACAUCACUGAAAGAGCUCAAGACCAAAUGAAAGUAAGUACAGGGAAGUGUAAGUCUGUAAAAGAGAAUGCCUCAUGUACACCGCAGAAUUGUACUUCAAGAAAUGGUCCAGAAAGGGUAUUUGACAGAGGAAUAAUAAUGUUGACUGAUUCUAGCACUGAUUCUCUGGAAAAGGUGUCCACAUCAAAUGAGGAUUUCUCUUUAAAGGAUGAUGCUCUGGGCAAAACCUCAAAAACAAAAACUAAGACACAGAAAGAUGAAAUCUGUGCUAAGUUAUCACAUGUAAUAAAAAAGCCACACCGGAAAAGUUCCGUGGUCAGCAGUGCUGUCAGUUUAGAGGAAAACCUGCCUGUAUCUAGCAUUGAGAGUUUCUAUUCAAGGAAAGAUCUAGGUCAGAAAGGAGAUGGCUUCAUGCAUAACCUCUCUUUGGACGCUAAUGGUAUUCUGGACGAGAAAAAUGGAGAACAAAAGUCAAACAGUUUAUUGCUGAAAAAGAAACAAAUAAAGAAGGAAGAGUUGGAUACCCCUGAAAACAGCUGUCAAAUACAGGAGUGUCAUGUUGGUGAUAAGAAUUUGUUUGCAGAAAUGCCCAAUACUAUUGUGAAGAAAACACCUUUUAAAGAUCCUGUGACUGUACUUGAAACAAGAGGUAAGGAUAUUAGCAAGUGUACCGACCAGGUUUCUUCUGCUUUGAGAGAACUGCCCCCUAGCAUCAGUCCUAAGUCUGACAUCUUAACAGAUUCUCAGAUAGACAGAGACCUCCACAACUUAUCUCUAAUAGCUCAAGCCAGUGUUACUAAGUUCCCAUCAGAUUUGACCCAAACAAGUUCAUCCCAGCUACAAAGAAAAGUAAAAGAUGAUAAAAGAUGUUUCACAGCUAACCAAAAUAAUGGGAAAACCUGCCGUGGGCAUGUUAUUAUUAUCUCAGAUUCUGAUGAUGAUGAUGAUGAUGAUGAAAGAAUUCUGGGUUUUGAGAAACUCAUUAAACAGGAUGAACUGUGCAUUGGGAAGGCCUGUCCAGAGCAGCAUACUUCAGUAGCUGAUAUGAAUGUGAAACAGAAGGUGAUCAAGGAAGAAAAGACAAAGUCCCUGUUGGAGUUUGAGGAAUCUGAUUCUCAGUUUUUUGAGUUUGAAAGUCCAUUUGAAAUGUUUUCAGUUUGGCAAGAUCAGAAACCAGACAACAACAGUUCAUUUCAAGAGGGUGAAAAAAAUUCAUGCUUGACUCAUAUAGGUGAUACCACAAAUGACUGGGGUUAUGAUACAGAUUGUGUGUCUGGAGAGGUCAUUAAAAAAGUAGCAGAGGGUGUCGAGGAACAAGCAGAACCACAGAGGAGGAGUAUUUCUGUUGAAGAGUUUUGUGAAAUUGAGGUAAAAAAAACCAAGAGAAAACGAUAUGAAAAGCCUAUGGCUGAAGAUCAUCUAAGGCCUUCUUCUGUCAGAAGUAAGGACCACUCUGAUCUUAACGAGAGAGAGCUAACUGAAGAUGAUGUAAAAAGUGCAGAUGUAAGGACCACAGCUCCCAGUUCAAGUAUUCAGAGACCCACCGCGGCGUCCCUAAAGAAGUCCCCUCCAAAGCUUCGCACUUGCUCCAAACCUGUUCGGAAAGUCUCACUUUCUAAAACUCCUAAGAAGACACAUUCAGAUACCAAAAAAGGGCAGAAUAAAAGUUCAAGUUACAUAAGCUGUCGAACAACUCCCGCUGUUGUGCCACCAAAGAAAUUUCGCCAGUGUCCAGAACCAACUUCAACGGUUGAGAAACUUGGUCUGAAAAAGGCUCCUCGUAGGGCAUUUGAGUUGUCUCAGCGAUCUUUAGACUCUAUAUCUCGGUUACGUGACUAUGGCAAAACUGUUGGAGUAGUCGAUACCCGGAAAAAGGCUAAAUUAAUUUCUCCUCAAACUCUGUCUGUCAGAAAUAAUAAGAAAUUGCUGACGAGUCAAGACCUUCAGUUGCGAAGGCAGAUGAGACCCAAAUUGCAACAAAAUAGGCAAAGACUCCUUGACUGUGAAAGUACAGUUACUCCAAGAGCAGGGCCGCACGCAGCACAGGAUUCUGACACAUUUGUACCGGAGUCCGAUAGGUCAGAUUAUAGUCAUAAAGGGGUAUCUGAGGUAGCUGCUAACAAUAAUGAAAAACAGUUAAAAUGUGUGUCUUCUGAAACAGAACCCACGAAAGCAAAAGACGUUUCUGAGGUAACUGAUGAUCCUUGUCUCUUGAACUGGUGCAGUUCUGUAGUGUGGAAUGGAAGAAUACCAACGAGUGAAGUCAUUGUCUCUACUUCAGAGGACCCUUUAGGUGGAGGUGACCUAACAGUACAUCAUUUAGAGGUGGCAUCUUUGAAAGAGGGAGAGCCUGAAUCCAGCAGCGAUAUAGAGGGAGAUGAUAUAUUUCUAACACAGCGUGAUCCUGAAGAUAUGGAUUUAUGUUCACAAAUGGAGAAAGAGAAUGAUAACCUCAUUGAAGUAGUUCAUGGAAAAGACACAGUUCAGGUAGAAGAAGUUUCCACCAGUCGGCCUCAGUUGGAAUCUGUGAGUAGCACAAAAUGUAAGUAUAAAGAUUGUGUUGAAACUCUGAAAAACCAGGGUGAAUACUGCUCAAAACACUCAGAAGCUAAAGCAGCAGAUGAAGAUGUAUUUCGUAAACCUGGCUUGCCUCUCUCUGUGUCUAAACCUUCCAGACCCUCCACUACUAAGAUUUUUAGCUCAAGUAGUACUUCGCGAAUUGCUAAUCUUUCCAAGUCUUUGGAGAAUACCUCAGCACUUCCACCAGCUCUAAAAAAGUCAACUGGGAUACAGUCUGUUUUGAAAGUACCACAGCCGACUUCUCUGGUGUCUCAGAAGCCAAUGGGUGAAGUGAAGAGUACAUGCAACAUCCUUCAUCCUCAGACUCCAAAUAAUUCCAGCAGGCAAGGUUACAAAGUUCCACUUGGUGAAAGCAAAUCUUUUCCGGUCUCCUCUCCAGUAAACAUCUUGUCAUCACAGUCCGUCUCUGACACCUUCGUUAAAGAGGUCUUAAAAUGGAAGUACGACAUGUUCAUGAACUUUGAUCAGUAUGGGCCCCCGUCAAGUCUUUGUCAGUCCAUCGCAAGACACGUGCCUGUCAGAUUCCAAGACUGUGGAGAUUAUUUUAAUGUUUUUUUCCCUUUGAUGAUAUUGAAUACUUUUGAAACAGUGGCACAGGAAUGGAUCAGCUCUCCCAAUAAAGAGAAAUUCCAUCAGUUGCAAUUACGAAAAUUUCCUGCUGAUUAUAAAAAAUACUGGGAGUUUGUGGUUUAUCUUGAGGAAUGUGAACUAGCUAAACAGCUUCAUCCAAAGGAAAAUGAUUUGGUGUUCUUGGUUCCCGAAAGACUAAAUGAAGAGAAGAAGGAUCUACAGAGAAACUUUGUGCUGGAUCCCCACGAAUAUCACUGUGGUUAUGUUCAUAAAUUUCGCCGCACUUCAGUCAUGCGUAAUGGGAAGUCUGAGUGUUCCGUUUCCAUCCAGACUCAAGAUAACUUACCAGUCAGUUUAAGUGAAUUCGUGAAAUGUAUUGUAAUUAGCUCUCUGGUAACGACACAAAGGAAGUUGAAAGCCAUGUCUUUGCUGAGUGGUCGGAACCAACUGGCCAGAGCCGUUCUGAAUCCAAACCCCAUGGACUUCUGUACAAAAGAUUUACUAACUACAACAUCUGAGAGAAUUAUCGCCUACUUAAGAGAUUUCAACGAAGACCAAAAGAAAGCAAUAGAAACUGCAUAUGCCAUGGUGAGACACUCCCCAUCGGUUGCCAAGAUCUGUCUGAUUCAUGGACCACCUGGCACAGGAAAGUCAAAAACCAUUGUCGGCCUCCUGUACCGCUUACUGACAGAGAGGAGGGGACACUCAGAUGAAAACUCCAAUGCCAAGAUCAAACAAAACCGUGUCCUUGUGUGCGCGCCUUCCAAUGCAGCUGUUGAUGAACUCAUGAAAAAAAUCAUCCUCGAAUUCAAAGAAAAAUGUAAAGACAAGAAGAAUCCUUUGGGAAACUGUGGAGAUAUAAAUUUAGUACGUCUGGGUCCAGAGAAGUCUAUUAAUAAUGAGGUCCUAAAAUUCAGUUUGGACAGCCAGGUUAACCACCGAAUGAAGAAAGAGUUACCUUCCCAUGUUCAGGAGAUGCACAGAAGGAAGGAAUAUCUAGACCGUCAGCUGGAUGAGCUUUCCCGCCGGCGUGCGUUAUGCCGAGGGGGGCGGGAAGUACAGAGGCAAGAAUUAGAUGAAAAAAUUGCCGAAGUUUCAAAAGAAAGGCAGGAACUUGCUUCUAAAAUUAAAGAGGUUCAAGGACGCCCACAGAAAACACAGAGCAUCAUCAUUUUGGAGUCCCACAUCAUCUGCUGCACGCUGAGUACGAGCGGUGGUUUACUGCUCGAGUCUGCUUUUCGUGGCCAAGGGGGUGUCCCCUUCAGUUGUGUCAUUGUCGAUGAGGCUGGGCAGUCUUGUGAAGUUGAAACGCUUACUCCACUCAUCCAUCGUUGCAACAAGCUUAUCCUUGUAGGAGAUCCUAAACAGCUCCCUCCCACAGUCAUCUCUAUGAAGGCACAGGAGUAUGGCUACGACCAGUCGAUGAUGGCCCGCUUCUACAAGCUGCUGGAGGAGAACGUGGAGCACAACAUGGUGGGCAGGCUGCCCGUGCUGCAGCUGACUGUUCAGUACAGGAUGCAUCCCGACAUAUGUCUCUUCCCGUCUAAUUACGUUUACAACAGAAACUUGAAGACAAACAGACUGACAGAGACCAAUCGGUGUUCGUCAGACUGGCCAUUUCAGCCCUACCUCGUGUUUGAUGUUGGGGAUGGUUCAGAAAGACGGGAUAAUGACUCAUAUGUAAAUGUUCAAGAAAUAAAACUGGUAAUGGAACUAAUUAAACUUAUUAAAGACAAAAGAAGGGAUGUUACUUUCCGAAACAUUGGCAUAAUAACCCAUUACAAGGCCCAGAAGACGAUGAUUCAGAAGGAUUUGGACAAAGAGUUUGAUAGAAAAGGGCCAGCGGAAGUCGAUACCGUGGAUGCGUUCCAGGGUCGUCAGAAAGACUGUGUUAUUGUUACCUGUGUCAGAGCAAAUGCCAUGCAGGGCUCAAUUGGAUUCCUGGCAAGUUUGCAGAGAUUGAAUGUCACCAUCACACGAGCCAAGUACAGCCUUUUCAUCCUCGGACAUUUGAGGACCCUGAUGGAAAAUCAGCAUUGGAAUCACCUGAUUCAGGAUGCGCAGAAGCGGGGUGCCAUUAUUAAGACUUGCGACAAAAACUAUAGACAUGAUGCAAUGAAGAUCCUGAAACUCAAGCCCAUGCUGCAGAGAAGUCUGACUCACCCUCCUGCCGUCUCCCCAGAGGCAUCCAGACCCCAGGGUGGCUUGCCCAGCAGCAAGCUAGACAGUGAGUUUGCCAAGACAUCUUUUACUUCUUCUGUAUACCUCUCACCCUCUGACUCCAAAGAAGCCACUGUUACUGCAAAGGACCCUGAAAGGCCAUCUAUUCAGGACCGGCUUCGGGACCCACGACUGCUGAGGCGGUUUGGCUUGAUCCCUGAAGCCAAAGAGCAGUGUCUCUGGGAGCCGCAGCCCCCCAGCCCCCAGCCUCCUGGAGCAGCGCCUCCCUCAGGAGAGCCGGGCUCCCCUGGCAGCCACCAGGGUCCGGCUGGUACGGGGCAGCAGUCCGCCGCCAAAGGGGCCGCUCCGAGCAACCACAGACCUCACGCGCAGUGCGACCCUCCAGCUGCUAGUGCUGACGCUCCCACGAGUAAAAGAAAAUGUGACCAGGAAGAGGGGCUCAGCCACAGAAGAGAGACCAGGGCUUUCAGUGAAGGGGAUCAAGAGAGGUGUGGCUCUGGGAGCCAUCAUCCAAAGAGGAACUCGGGCUUGGAUGAGAGGGGACUGGAGAAGGAGGACAGUAGCUUGAAGAGGAGGAGGCUGCUGUAGUAAAGCCAGAUGACGGGGACUGCAGCCACGAGUGUUGCUGCUAAUGGGGCUGUCCAGUUCCGAUGCUUUUUUUCCCUUAAAGGAGUUUGUGUGCUGUUGGAAAACAUGGAGAACGUGCCCUAACACGUGUGCCUCUUGGUCAUCUCCAGUGCUUUAUGUCAGUUGCAGAAGUUUUCAGAGGGCGUUUGUGUAUCGGUAAUAAUGUCCUUGAAGUCGGAGACUUGAAGCGUUGAUCUCUUGUUCUUCCAUAGAAAAAGGAGGUCAGACUGGAGUGAAUGUUGUAAAAGUUGAAAUGUAUAUUUGUAUAGCAAAUAACAAAAAUCCUUUUAAAAUUUAAUCUGGUAGACCGCUUUUCUUUCCCCUGCUUAAAAUGUUAAUCAUUUUCAACAGAACAAGCCUUAUAUUUAAAAAAGAAAAAAGAUAGGAGGGCAGGUUCUUUCAACCAUUGUUGUGGCAAAACAUCUCUUUAACAGCCCGAGUAGUUUGGAGCGAGCUGAGUUAGUGCCAAUGGGUCACGUGUCUCUAGUUCUACUUUUAAAAAAAACCUGGAGUCUCCUGGGGGAGCCUUGGAGGGGCAAAGUUACGUUAGGUGAAGUCCCACGGGUGUCCAUUUUCAGACGAGGCGCCUUGGCACAGGAUAUUACAUUUCUGUGAUGAGGUCAGCUGCUCGUUUAGUAAGCAUAUAGUUCUCCAGCUAACAUUAGUGUUCUUUUGGAAUAGAAAUGAAAGAAUAAUUCUUGAAAUAUCAUUCAAAUGCCCCCAACAUAUUGUGAGUUUCCUGUAACUAGUGGAUUACAAAGCCAGUGGGUGCCAAGUGCUGGAUUGGUGCUGGGUGUCUCUGUAAGAACCAGCUCAGGUGGCUUGUGAGAACUUGCUGAUUGCCAAGAGAACCCACCGAAUUAGUUUUGGGUGGAGCCUUGAAAGCUGGAUGUUAAACAUCUUCCCAAGGAUUCUGGUCACCAGGCAGCUUGGGAACCAGGAAGACAGGCCAGAUGUAAUAUUUUAUGCAGGAGAGAAACAUCCUUUUAGAAGAGAAGGAUGAAAGAGGAGGGCAGAUACCUGGAGUUCAGAACCAGGAGGAGAGUUGACAGAUUUUCUUUGAUUUUUGGAAACCAUCUUAAUUGAUGAAAAUACACUGCUGUUGUAGACUCUGGUUAAAGGGGAUUGUACUUCUGCAACAGGACAGUGGCCGUGAUGAGUAGGGAUUUAGAAGACUUGGACAAGGGCAGGGCUGCCUCAUUGCUAAGUCCAGUUUUCCAAGCACACACAUGAUGAAUUGGAAGCCUCCCAGGCACGAGGAUGUGCAUUAGUAAGGGGACAGCUGUCAGAACUAGUGCUUUGCAGUGAGUGCUUCCCAACCCUGAGCUCAUCUGGGGAGGAAACCAAAUCCCUAAAAAAUGUGCACUAUUUGAAACAUUUCUGUCACCUGCUUUAUAAGCAAAAAGGGCUUGUGUUAAUCAGAAAUUCAGGCUCAGGCGGUCUCCUCUGUCGUGACACCAGCCCCUCCCCCUGGGAGUGAACACCCCUGUCACCUGGGGAGCCCGCGUUCUGUCCCCACAGGCAGCCCCUGCUCCGUGUUCAUGGGCCUGGAGCUCGUCCUUGGCCGUUCUGGGGCGAGGGGAGCCCCACUCUGAGUCAAGGACUUCCAUAAGCUUCCUGCUUGGCCUUUGGCGAGAAAUCUCAUUGUUACCCUAAGUUUACUUCCCUGCUGUCUUGGUAAAAUGCUUGAUUUAGCAGAUACUUGUAGUGGUGACAAUUUAUAGACUGAGUAAAAACGGUAAACUUGUUGACAAGCAGCUGGGGUCAAGACUGCUCCCCUUGCUCGUACGACACACCGAUUAAGACAUGCGUCCCCCCCUCGCCCGUCCCCGUGCGUACUUGGCCGCCACAUCUGAACGACAUCGCGUCCAGUUAAGUUUGAUUCCUGUUCUCACCCACUGGUUUCCCGCUCACCUCCUGGGAUGACGCGGAAAUCAGUAGACGGUGUAAUCCCUUCUAGUGCGCACGCCCGGGUCCUGACACUGCAGCUGAAACUGUCUGUGGUUCCAGUCAGGAUGCGUCCGUGCAUUAAGUGUUCCGCGUGCCCAGCGUGGCCCGCCUGCACGUGGCUGUCCCGGCCGUGCUGUUGGCUGGCGGUUCAUCUCACUGCGGGUGAAAAACACGGCCGAUGGUUUCAUCCUCGCCGUGGCGUUAUAAGAAAAGUGCCCUGUGUUCUUUCAAAAUGAGUUCUUUCAACAUGAAUGUAUGCUACUUAAUAACUUGUUUUGCUUCUCUGUAUAUAAUUUGCCUUGGGUUUACUGUGCACGACUUACUUAGUUCUGUUUUCAUGUGUUACCAGGAGCAAAUCUGCUAAGUACGUGUGAGUAGCCUCCUGUAAAUGAGUUUUAUAACAAAGUUGUACUAAACUAUUUUCUGAAGUUA